AAUGAAGCAGCUGAAUCAGGAGCUAAAAUAACUCAGAGGCAAAAACACUUACAGAAUGAUGGAAACGACAGCCGAAAAACAGACACAAUGACCAAAAAGGUAAAGUGAAAGAAAAAAUAAAUUCAGGAAGAGUGUGACUGGGACCAGGACUCAUCUGACCAACUACAGGAUCAGCACAGAGAGACUGAACGACAAUGGACUAUGAACCAAAGAAAUCCAAGAAGGGUUUUGUCUCUCCCAUUAAGCGACUGGUCUGGUCAAAAUCUGGUCGUAGGCCAGUUGAUCGAGGCAACAUUUACCGCCGGCCGCUGCACACCGUCCCCCUCUACCCUCCUGACUACCUCAUACACCCUGAGAGGCUCAUCUUUGACUAUGUGGAGAAGGAGGUCAAGUUCCUUGGUCACCUGACAUGGGUCUCAGUUUCACUGAACCCUUCCAGUCGAGAUGAGCUGCUACAACUACUGGACGCAGCCAGGCAGCUGAAGGUGCUGCCACUGAAGACCAGCGUGGACCAGGACUGUAUCCUGAGUCUGUCCGCUCGCUGUCUGCUGCUGACCUGGAGAGACAACGAGAAGCUGCUGGUGAGAAUCCCCACACAUGAAAUCGCUGCCGCCUCCUACCUGAGAGACGAUGCACUGCACCUCCUGGUCCUCAAGACAGGUCUAAAUGUGGAUACUGUGGUUGCCGGGGAUGACAGCCUGGACAGGAAAAAGCCGACUGGUAUCGAUGGGCGACGGCAAACCAUGAGCUGCAACGCUGACCCGCGACCUGCCGGGGGUACAAUGGAGCGGCGGCACACCAUCUGCGGAGUUGACUGGAGGCCGUCACUGUCCAGGAGUAACCACGAUAAAAACCAGAAUGUGGAGAGAGGAGGAGGGGGUGGAGGGGGUGCAGGAGGUGGGGAGAGGGGAGGCGGCGGGAGCUUAGAGAGGAAGAGAGUUGGAGGGAGCUGGGAGAGGAGGCAGCAAACGUGUAAAACAGGAGGGAGCUGGGAGAACCGCAGAGCGAGACCCAGGAGCGGGAACUGGGGGGUGGGAGUAGGUGGAGGUGGUGGAGGGAGCUGGGAGAGGAGGCACGGGGGAGGGGGUGGAGGUGGUGGAGGAGGAGGGAGCUGGGAGAGAAGGGGAGGGAUUGGUGGUGGAGGAGGCGGAGCGGGGAGUUGGGAACGGAGACAAGCCUGCACGGGGAGCUGGGAACGGGGGAAGAGCUAUGGCAGCUGGGAGAGGAGGAACCACAACCCGCUGGAGCCCACGCCCUGCCCCGACGCCUACUGCAACCUGGUCAUCCUGGCCGUGGAGAACAGGGAUGCUGCAGAGGAGUACUGUUCUCUCAUCUGUCAGAUGUUCCAGAUCAUUUACGGCCAUCAGACCAUCGAGUGUGUUGACAGGGCGGGCUUUCACUACACCAUGCCGGACCGCUAUUGGCUGCAAAGAAGCGACAGCUGUCUGACUGACAUGUCUUACAGCUAUGAUCCAGAGUUUAGCUGCUGCAGCUCAUACGAUGGCUCCCAAGAUGCCUUUGAUGUCUACUACAGUGAGACGUACAGCGAGAGUUCAUCCAUCUCUCUGCAGGACUCCCAUCGUAGUGUGGCAUCAGCCAGCGAUGCAGGAGACGGUAACCUCGCCCUGCUGCUCAUGCAGGAGUACAUGAUCACUCUGCGUAACAAGCUGACUCCAGUGGAGUUGCAGAAGUUUGCAGUGUUGCUGAGAGAAUACAGACUGGGCUCAAACAUCGACUACUUCUGCUCCGAGUUGCUGCAACUGUACGGAGACAACCGCAAGUUCCUGCUGCUGGGUAUGCGUCCGUUCAUCCCAGACAAAGACGUUGGGGUGUUUGAGAGUUUCCUGGAAAGUAUUGGGAUCCGAGAGGGCGGGAUUCUAACUGAUAGCUUUGGACGGAUCAAACGCAGUAUGAGCAACACGUCGGCCACCGCGGUGAGAGGCAGGUACGAUAAUUGCUCUCUAGCGUCAGGAUCUCAGGAAUUCAACCGACGCAUCACCGACAUCACCCACGACAUCGAGGCACUCGGUUUCCAGGACACACACGGUGACAUCGAGGAGGAAGACUAUUACCUCUGAUGGAGGGACAAAAGGAAAGGGGCACAGUUUUUUAACGUCAGUGUUAGCAUUUUGGCUGCUACAGUGUUGGUUUCUGGAGCCACAAGUGAUCAUAUUUGGAUGAAAGGGUGGAGUACUCAGUUACCACCUAAUGCUGGCUAGCUUAGUUAGCAAUGUGCAUCCAUCAAGUGAACAGGUGCAACCCACUGGACACACAUGUGGGCUAAUUAAUGUAAGUAACAGAGUAACAAAACACCAAAAUUUCACUCACCAAAACUGUGCACAUGCCUAUUGGAUGACAUGUACCACACAGCAAGACAUACAAUACUAGAUAUUGCAUUAAAAAUGCUCCACAAUGCACCAACAACACAAACAGUAAAGACAUCCAGUUUAAUGGAUUGAUGUAGUAGAGGUGAGCCCUAGCAGACACCAGCUGGCUCCUGCUGCAUGUGUCAGGACACCUGCCAAUCAAAGCAAAUAUGCCCCUAUCCAGGUGGAUGAAUUAUUAAAAAAAAUCAUCCCACUCAGAGCUGAUAUAAAGAAGGAAACUAACUGGCCAACAUCAUAUUUGUAUCAUGCUUUAUAAUGCUGUUAAUUCAUUUUAACACGGGAGUCUCAUUGUUGGAGUGAGCCUCAAGUGGACAUUAGAGGAACUGCAGCUUGUUUCAGCUCUGGAGGUUGCUCCUUGUUACCAGCCUUAUAGAUGUGCAGCUACAAGUGCUGCCAUCACAGCUGUACACACUAUACUAUGAUGUAAUCAUAAAUACUGAGGUUAAUGUGCGCAUGUGCAUUGCAUGUUUAUAUUUUUACACCUUCAAUAAAUUGACAA